AUCUUCUAUUAAAAAUGGUUGAUUGAAUGAGUGAUGGAAGUUGUAUUUAUAUUUAUAUGUCCACCAAAGAAUAAGAUAUGUAUCAUCAGAAUUCAGAUUGGAACUGUAACAAUUCAUGAAACUUUCUCACAUCUAAUAAUGCAGGUGUUACUUGUGCCUUAUAUAUAUACAUAUGGAUUGCCUAUCCAGAAAUGUGGAUCAUAUUUCCAAAGCUGAAAAAUGCAUUUCUUCACAAUUUUCUCUCUCAAAAUAUUACUUAGUCUAUUAAUCCUUCCAUUGUGCAAUGCACAACGAAACACUACUUUUCAAGUUGGUGUCAUUCUUGAUGCCAAUUCACUACUCGCCCCCAUAGCCACGACCAGCUUGUCUUUAGCUCUUUCCGAUUUUUAUUCAUUUAACUCGAACUAUUCAACGAGACUUGUGCUUUAUACAAGGGAUGGAAGAGGACGAGUCACCGAUGCUGCAGCUAGUGCUCUCAAUUUGUUGAAGGAUGUCCAAGUUGACGCCAUAAUUGGUCCUCAAAAAUCUUCGCAAGCAGAGUUUAUGAUUGGUCUUGGAGAUGCGGCAAAAGUGCCGAUCAUUUCUUUCUCUGCAACAAGUCCUUCUCUCCGUCCUCAAACUCAGUAUUUUGUUCAAACAGCCAUAAACGAUGCUGCUCAAGUUGAUGCUGUUGCCGCCAUAGUGAAGUACUUCCGAUGGUAUCAAAUUGCUUACAUAUAUGAAGAUACGGAUUAUGGUAAUGGCAUUAUACCUUAUCUUUCUAAUGCAUUUCAAGAAAUAAACGUUCGAGUUUCGUACAGAAGCGUUAUCCCAGUCUCAGCGAGUGACGAUCUCAUCCUUCAAGAGAUGUACAAGAUGAAAACUAUGCAAACAAGGGUGUUUGUGGUACAUGCUCCGAGCUCUCUUGCUUCUAGAAUCUUCCUCAAAGCAAAGGAAGCUGAAAUGAUGAGUGAAGGCUACGCGUGGAUCGUGACCACCGGGAUGAUGGAUUUAUUCUAUUCAUUGGAUUCAAAUGUCGUACAGUCCAUGCAAGGAGUUCUUGGUGUGAAACCUCUCAUUCCAAUAUCGAGUAGACUCAUAUCUACCUCUAUAAGGUGGAGGAAGAAGUUUGCAGAUGAUAAUCCAGGAAUUACUCCACCAGCAAAUAUCAACCUUUUUGGGCUUUGGGCAUAUGAUACUUUGUGGGCAUUGGCUAUGGCUGCUGAGAAAACAGGAUUCAGGGAGCAGCCAAGUUCUUUACGGAACACAAGUUCUCUUAACUCUACAAACAUGUUUAUUACUGAAACAUCAUUAACAGGUCCGAAACUUCUUGCAGCAAUGUUGGAAACUAAAUUCGAAGGUCUGGCUGGGGAUUUCCAUUUGGUUAACGGACAACUACAACCAUCAUCUUUUCAAAUAUUGAAUGUAAAUGGAAAGGACCUGACACAAGUUGGAAUGUGGACAUCAUUGUUGCAAACUUCAUCAAGUCGAACGAACACGAGCAAGACGGGUUUUUCAGGUGAAAAAUUGGAGAAAAUCAUAUGGCCCGGAGAAUCCACGAAUGUACCAAAGGGAUGGGAGGUUGCAGUAAGUGGUAAGAAGCUUAAAGUUGGUGUUCCAUCAGAAGCUGGUUUUCCGGAAUUCGUAAAAGUAGAAAGGGAUCCUCAAACAAACAACACCAAAAUCAGUGGAUUGUUCAUAGAUUUGUUCGAUGCCGUCAUGGCAGAACUACCUUACUCAGUCCGAUAUGAAUACGCCCCGUUUCAAAGAUCUGAUGGCUCAAGUGCUGGGAGCUACGACGAUUUAUCAUACCAAGUCUCUAUUGGGAACUACGAUGUUGCUGUUGGAGACAUAACGAUUACUACCACGAGAUCAGAAUAUGUAGUAUUCACUCUUCCGGUAGGAGAUGCUGGGAUUACGAGGACACAGAAAAUUCAAUACGAUGACAAUCCAAACGAUAAAUGGUUUUUCUUAAAGCCCCUCAAAAUGGAACUAUGGUUAACUGUCUUAGGCCUCUUCGUUUUCACCGGAGUUUCUCUCUGGAUUCUUGAGCAUAGGUUUAACAAAGCUUUCAGAGGUUCGCCUUCGGACUAUCUCGGCUUAUUCUUCUACAUUCCCUUCAUGUCAAUAGUAUUCGCUCACAGGGAGAAAAUAGUGACAAAUUUAGCUCGAGUAGUAGUAGUGGUUUGGAUAUUCGUCAUGCUUGUAUUGACCUCAACGUACACAGCAAGUCUUUCUGCAAGGUUAACGACGUUUAAGCUUCAACAAGGCGAUACAGAUGUAAAUAGGCUUAUUAGAAAUGGAGAUUAUGUGGGGUGCAGAGAAGGCACUUAUCUUGCGGAGUUCUUGAAAAGGCUCGGAUUCCACGAAUCGAAAAUCAGGAUAUAUAAACAUCCAGAAGAAUUUGAUGAUGCAUUGUCAAAAGGAAGUGAAAAAGGCGGUGUAACUGCACUAUUUUCAGGGUCUCCUUACGCAGAUGUCUUCUUAUCCAAGUACUGUAGCAAGUACAUGAAAGUGGGAUCGCCUUAUCUUACGGAGGGCAUUGCCUUUGGUUUCCCAAAGGGGUCGCCAUUAGUUGGGGAUGUGUCGACUGCAAUCACUAAACUGACGGAUAAUCAUAAGAUAUCGGAAAUAAGGGCACAUUGGAUACAACAGUCUGGAUGUAAUAAAGAUGAUCCGUCUAACGUGGGGUGGACAAAUAUAGGUCUGAAAAGUUUCAAAGUCCUGUUUGCAGUAACAGGGUCUGUCACAUCAAUAUGCGUUCUGGCAUUCAUAGUGUCGUUUCUGUACCAGCACAGAGGCCGCGUAAUAGAAAUCUGGAACACAGACAACAACUCAGCUUGGCUCAAAGUCCGUGCAAUUUUCAAGCUUUUUGAUGGAAGAGACCCUCGGUAUUUUCCGCAAGAUCAAGAAAUGGCCCAGUUCCCGUUGUUAGAAAAUUUUUGAGAGUUGAGACAAGAGUUUCACCCUUUGUUUUUAACAAGCCUUGGGCAAAUUCGAAAAUUCGAAAAUUGUGUUAUACUUUAUUUAUUUAUUUAUUAAUAUAAGAAGUUAUAUGUAUAUUUGAUGUGAUAAAAAGUUUGAACUGCAGGUCACAGUAAAUGUUGGCUUAAUCUUAUAUAUACCUUUCAUGUCGA